ACGGCGUGGGGUAGUGGCUCCGGGUCUGGCCGAGAGCCGGCAGGUGUCCCAGCUGCCUUCCCGCGCUGGCUGGGACUCGCCCCCCCGCUCGCUCGCUGGCCCUCUCGGUGUCCGCCGGCCUGGCUUCCGCCGCCUCCCCGGGACCUCUCAGUGUGAACCCGGUGUGCUCCCAUUCCUGGAGGUGAAGCAUACCUGACAGGGACCGCGGGACCUGCGGUCUGGGGCCAGUUGUGUUUACCUUUCCCACCGGGCGGACGCUCGCAGCAGGAGAAUGAAACAUGACUGAGGACUCUCAGAGAAACUUUCGUUCAGUAUAUUAUGAGAAAGUGGGGUUUCGUGGAGUUGAAGAAAAGAAAUCACUGGAAAUCCUCCUGAAAGAUGACCGCCUGGAUAUUGAGAAACUUUGCACUUUCAGCCAGAGGUUCCCUCUUCCAUCCAUGUACCGAGCGUUGGUAUGGAAGGUGCUCCUAGGGAUCCUGCCUCCACACCAUGAGUCUCAUGCUCAGGUAAUGAUGUACCGCAAGGAGCAGUAUUCUGAUGUCCUUCAUGCUCUGAAAGUCAUUCGCUUCGUCAAUGACGCUACGCCUCAUGUUGAAGUCUAUCUCCGCAUGUAUCAGCUGGAGUGUGGGAAGUUGCCUCGAAGCCCCUCUUUCCCACUGGAGCCAGAGGAUGAAGUAUUUCUUGCCAUUGCUAAAGCCAUGGAAGAGAUGGUGGAAGACAGUGUCGACUGUUGCUGGAUCAUCCGAUGCUUCGUGAACCAGCUAAACAACAAGUACCGGGAUUCUUUACCCCAGCUGCCAAAGGCUUUUGAACAAUACUUGAAUCUGGAAGAUAGCAGACUGCUGACUCAUCUGAGAGCAUGUUCUGCAGUGUCCAAGCUUCCUUACGAUCUCUGGUUCAAGAGGUGCUUCGCAGGAUGCCUGCCUGAAUCCAGUUUACAGAGGGUUUGGGAUAAAGUUGUAAGUGGAUCCUGUAAAAUCUUAGUUUUUGUAGCUGUGGAAAUUUUAUUAACUUUUAAAAUAAAAGUAAUGGCACUGAACAAUGCGGAGAAGAUAACGAAAUUCCUGGAAAAUAUUCCCCAGGACAGCUCGGAUGCCAUCGUGAGCAAGGCCAUCGACUUGUGGCACAAGCACUGUGGGACACCGGUGCAUUCAGCCUGAGCCUCCUGAUGGUUGGGGAUGGUCUGUCCUCUGGGCACUUUGUUCUUGUCACCAGUCUACUAAGCUGAUUGGAACAGUUGUCUUGCUCUGGUGCUCAACGUGAAAUUUUUUUCCCCAGUAAAAUAAUUUAAUGAAAAAA